AUGUCGUCUGUAUUGGUCCAGUCGCUCCCCCCUGAUGAGAGCAGGGGCUGCAUUAUCAAUAUUGUAGGCUGGGUCGGCGCUGCUAUUUCUAUCCAUUGUGUCGUUCUGCGCAUAUACAGUCGACUCUUUAUCACACGCUCUCCGGGCUGGGAUGAUGCCAUCCUCGUCUUUGCCGCGGUAUUCAAGAUCAUCAACACCGCCCUGAAUACUGUUUCGGUAUCUUACGGCAUCGGGCGACAUGUCUACUACUUGUCCGACGAUGACAUCGUGAACACGUUAUACUAUGAAUCCAUACUGCGGCCGAUUGGCAUAGCCGCGAUUUUCUUGCCGAAGCUGGCCGUCGUCAUCCUCAUUAUUAGGCUGAUGGGAACUGCGAAGCGUGGUGUCUGGUUUCUAUACUCGGUCAUCGGAAUACUAUUUAUCACUUUUGCGCUCGCCAUCAUCCUUUUCUUCGCCCAGUGCAAUCCAGCAGAUCACCUCUGGCACCCAUUCUCGCCAGCUGACUGUUUCCCCAGUUAUGUCAUCGAUGGCUCCGCAUACGUGGCCGCAUCGUGGUCGGCUUUCACUGAUUUCGUCUUGGCUGCUUUUCCCGUCACCAUUUUCUGGAACUUGCAGAUGAAGAAGUCCAAGAAGAUUUCUAUCAUGCUGCUCAUGGGCCUCGGCUUCUUCGCGACGAUUGCCGCAAUCGUCAAGACCACUCAGAUCCCCAAGAUGCACACCACGGAUGCGACAUGGGACUUGUUCUGGUUGCUUCUCACGAAUUACAUUGAGGCCGACCUCGUCAUUAUGGCGGCUUGUGCGCCUGCACUGCCGAAGCUGGCGCUCAGAAUAUUGGGGAGAGACACGGAGGAGUCGCCGAAGCAGGAUUCUCAUCCUUACUCCAUCAAGCCCGCCUCCCACGGCUACCGCGCAUUCGACAACCGAUCCGACUCAGCUGGAAUAGAUAAUACCCGUGGUGACAACGCUUGCUAG